CGUGACGUACUCGGGCCGGAAGCGGCGCUUCUGUCCUUCCUUCCUUCGCCUCCUCCGCUUCUGAGGGAGACUUCCGCUGGAGGCGGCUGUUCCGUCUGAGGCAGCGGCGGCGCUUGGCUCUCUCUCCGCGGGAUGUAGCUGCCAGGGACGCUCCGGCUUUGCAGAGCUGGAAUGGCAAGCUGGCUGGUGCUGUGAGCCAGUGGGCGGCAAGGUGCCUCUUUCCCAGCAACUCAAAGCAAGCCGGUAAGCGUGCUGGUGGAGUCUGCCUUUCAUCUGCAUUCACAAAAGAGAGGUUCUGAGGUCUGUGCAGCCAAAUGUCGUCCCGUAAAGCCUCAGUCACCAGCCAAGCAAAUGGACCUUCAAGUAAUGUCAGAGAGAGGGAAGAUGUGGAGCUGGCUGAACUUGGUCCUCUCUUGGAGGAGAAAGGAGAACAGCCGACGACCAGUUCAGCCAUUGCUCCAGACCAGCCAUGCCCAGCCCCUCAGGAGGAAGAGGAAGAGGAAGUGCGAGUGCUGACUCUCCCUCUGCAGGCUCAUCACGCAAUGGAGAAAAUGGAAGAAUUUGUCUAUAAGGUGUGGGAAGGACGCUGGAGGGUCAUCCCCUACGACGUUCUCCCUGACUGGCUGAAAGAUAACGAUUACCUGCUUCACGGACAUCGCCCUCCCAUGCCGUCAUUCAGAGCCUGCUUCAAGAGUAUCUUCCGUAUACACACAGAAACAGGAAACAUCUGGACGCACUUACUAGGUUUUGUGUUAUUUCUUUGCCUGGGGAUCCUGACCAUGCUUAGGCCGAAUAUGUACUUCAUGGCCCCCCUGCAGGAAAAAGUGGUGUUUGGGAUGUUUUUCCUAGGAGCGGUGCUGUGUCUCAGCUUUUCCUGGCUUUUCCAUACAGUCUAUUGUCAUUCAGAAAAGGUCUCUCGAACAUUUUCCAAGUUGGAUUAUUCAGGAAUAGCCCUGCUGAUCAUGGGAAGCUUCGUACCCUGGCUGUAUUAUUCCUUCUACUGCUCUCCUCAGCCUCGACUUAUCUACCUCUCCAUUGUGUGUGUGCUGGGUAUCUCAGCGAUCAUUGUAGCUCAGUGGGACCGUUUUGCAACCCCUAAGCACAGGCAAACAAGAGCAGGGGUGUUUCUUGGACUGGGCCUGAGUGGAGUGGUGCCCACCAUGCAUUUCACCAUAGCAGAAGGGUUCGUAAAAGCCACAACUGUCGGCCAGAUGGGCUGGUUUUUCCUCAUGGCUGUGAUGUACAUAACAGGAGCAGGACUGUAUGCGGCCCGCAUUCCUGAGCGCUUCUUUCCUGGCAAAUUUGACAUCUGGUUCCAGUCGCACCAGAUCUUCCAUGUGCUUGUAGUGGCUGCCGCCUUCGUCCAUUUCUACGGAGUCUCCAAUUUGCAGGAAUUCCGCUACGGACUUGAAGGAGGAUGUACUGAUGACUCACUUCUCUGAGGACCACAGAAGACUUUAGUACAAGCUUCCCAAGUGCUUUUAGAGUGACUUCUUUACUAAAAUCAAGAGAAGACUCUUUAACGUGUUUUUUUUUUAAAGAAAGAAAAGAAACUCAGUAAAGUUGGCAGCAGCCAUUCUUGGCUUCUCUUCUCUCAGGAGAACCGGGCGAGUUUGGUGGGUGGGUGGGUGGAUUGCCAGCGGUGUCCACUGAGCGGAAGUGCCUCUAGCUCCAAGCUCCUCUUUUGGCAAAUGAGUUGACUUUUCAGGUAUCACCUUGAGAUUUAAUGGACAUGGGAGAAAUUUGGGCAUCUGGCAAAGCAAACAAACAAGGAAAGGGGCCGGUUUCCUGCUCUCUUUCUUGCUGCAAACCUCCCCUGUGCUAGAAGAGACUCUCUGCAUGUGUGUGAUCCAUCAAAGAGCCCAUUCCUCCUUUGUAUCUGUAGGAGAUGGCAUGAGGAGGCAGCUCAGAGAGAGGAUGCACAGGGGCCAUUUCACAGAAGUUUUUGUCUUUCUCGACAAAGUAAUGUAUAGCCUAGGAAAUGAGAGUAUUUAAUAUUUAAUAUUAAGCUUUAAAACAAAACAAAAAAGUUGCUAUCCCUCCAGCAUUUUGUUACUGGAGAGCUGUUCAUGGUGUUGCAGGUGGGGGUGCUAUUUAGAAGACUCUAGCGCUACUGUAGCUUUUAUGUCAAGACAACUGAAAAUAAAACAGUCUGAAGGUGUUAAAUUGCUGGGUAGAUCAGGACUUCAGUUGAGACGUCUUCUGGUAUCUUUCUCCUCUGGAAUGAUUCACUGAGCUUCAUCCUUGUGCAAAGCUCCCAGCAGUGCCUGCAGGCAUGGCACAUGAUGAGCUUAUUUUGGAGGGGUGCCGGUCAUUGGUCUAGUGUCCUUGUUCUCCUUUCCACAGCUGGGGUUUCUGCAGCAGCCACUCUGCAGCAUUACGUCACAAACUAUGGUUGUUGCUCCUGAGUUGGUUGCAUAGUUCCAAGCGUUGUGGCAAGAUGUGUAAGAACCAGUCUGUUUCUGCUUCUUGCCGGCUUCUGAUUGUGUUCUUAUCAGGCUGGUUGUGGCAGAAUAACACCCAGACAAUCCAGUUCAUCACUUAACUGGUCCUUGCUUUGCUUGUGAAGAAUCCCAAAAGAGGAUGAUGCCUCUUGGGUUUAUUCCCCCCCCCCCCCCAAAACAUGGUGCUUAAGUCCUCCAGCCCUUCAGCAAGAAUGUUCAUCUGCUGUGGAAUGAAUUUCCUUUUGCUGCAGUUAAGGAGGAACAAACUUUAUGUUCCUUUCUCUUAUGUAGAUGUCCUUAUUAAUAUAUAUUAUGUCUGUCUGUCUGAGAGACCCUCUUUCUGGACCUUUUUCGAUUACUGCUGCUGGCUGGAGGAUUCUGGGAGUUGUUGUUCCAAAACGUAAAGUUUCCAAGCUCUGCUUCUUUCCUUUCCCACAGCUGUGAUCUAGGCUCUUUUUGUUCCUCAAGUUCGUAGAAAACCAAAUGCUGCCUGUAGUCUGUGAUCAUAAAAAAGAGACUUGUCUUGGCAGGGAAGGAAGGAUGCUUGUUUACCUGAGUUCUGUUGGUAUGGGCAUCUUGGUUUGGUAGAACAGGCCAGCUUGCUCCAUUUUUUACACACAUUUUUGUUGAUUCUUGGUGCUGAUGUGUGUCAGGCUUCUCCCGUGACAAUCGCUGGAUGCCCUCAGGACAGUCCUGCCCCAGCUUGACAUGCCCCAGAUAUGCUGGCCUGCAAGCCAUCAGUUCUGGGAGUUGCAGACUUGAUCAGAAGCUAAACUGCAGGGAGGCAAAAUGACAGCAUUCCCCCAUAUCCUACAUAAGAAUUCUGCCUCUGAAUUUUUCUUUCAGUCCCCAAGUUUCUAGCAUUGCAGUAACUUAAGCAUUUUGAAAUACAGCUUAGUCCUUUAGGUGAAGGGACCAUGAGGGCCUGGACAUGGCAAACUGAUGCAAAGGAUGUGGAGUCGAAGGCUUUCAUGGCCAGCAUCCAUAGUUUUUUGUAGGUUUGUGGUGAAACAUCAGGAAGAAAAUCUUCUAGAUUCUAGAACAUGGCCACAUAGCCCAAAAAACCCACAGAAAACUAUGAUGCCAAGGACUUUCAGGGUCUUAUUCUCUUUCAUGCUAAACAUUGGGGAUUGAUGGGAAACCAUUGGCAGCCAAAUUCUUAUGGGGGUGAGUUCCUACAUGGCAGGGGGUUGGGCUGGAUGGCCCUUGUGGUCUCUUCCAACUCUAUGAUUCUUUGAUUCAGUAGCUGCACCCCUAGUCCUGAUGUCUCUGGAGCAGGCCAGGUUGGAGGAGGCUGCCUCCAGGGAUUCCACCCAUCCUCCCUCCUUUCUUUCAAGUAUAUAUACCUCCCUCCUUUUGAGCAAAUACUGCUAGGUGCUUCUGCUUCUUUGCUAGUUCCCCCUGGCAAGAUUCACACAGUGUUAACGGAUAUUUGGGGGAUAGCUGAUCCUGUUGGAUGCUGCCUCUGCUGCUCCUCUUCCUCCCUACUUUUCCAGCUCAGUUGCUACCUGAACUCCCUGGCCUUGGCUUUGCCAUUCAGCCAACAUGAAAGUGGCUUUGGUGUCCCUAAUCUUUGGCUGGCACAGGCUCCCUCUUCAACCCAGGUGUAAACAAGUCAGUGGCACUAAUCCUAGUGUGUUUUUUUGUAUAUUGUUCUCAAGAUGCUGUACUAACCUUAGCGGAAGGGCCAUUCCAGCUAGGUUUAGGGCUUAGCUUGAUUUGCAGUGUGUGGGUGUGUCUUUUGUGUGUGUGUAAGAGAGAGAGAUGGAGAGAGAGAAUGAAUGAGAAUGAGUGUAUUAUCUUGUGUGCUAUCUAUGCCUAGUCAGUGUUGAUCCAACCAUGGUGUAAGGCAGGAGUGGGAGGAUAUGGGGCCAUAUAAGCUCCCUAGACAAACUGUGGGGGUUGCACCCCUACUGCACUCCCCACCCCCAAAUCCGUUUUAUAUGCCCCCAGAAACCACUUCCCAUUCACAUCUUAUUUUUACAAAAGGCCUCUCCUAGGCCUAAAAGUUCCAAGCCCACUCCCCAAAGGAACACAGCAAAAAUGUUCCCCUCUGCCCCUUGAGGGUAAUGGGGGGUAUUUUGCAAAAACAUUGACCUCUGGGUGCUGUAUUUGACCCCGGGCCACGCAUUUGCCCACUCUUGGCGUAAAGGCUUCAGUGGACUGAUACUUUGCCCAGGAGGAUUCUGUCUCUUGCCAGUAAUCUGUCCCCUCCCUAUCCCAUCUGCUUAAAAGAGUUGGACCAGUAUUUCAUUUUGCACACCUUCUGUGUAAGAAUGGAUCUCUCUCUGUCUUGCUGUAGCCUGCCAAGAUUUGAUGUUGGCAAUAGUUGUGAAUGGACCUUUCUGCCAGAAGGCCAUUGCUUGCCAGCCCUCUCCCUCCAGCAGCUCUUCUCUAGAGAGGGGGAAAUGGAUGGGAAAUUGCUCUCUUGAGCUGUCCUUUUUGUGGUGGGAGGUUCCACCUCGUGCAUUGAGUAAAAUCCCCAGAUAGGUUUUUAAACACUUAGCUGGCAAAGGGUGCGUAACAAGGUUUGUUGCUUUCUCCUUACCCAGCAGUGGGCUCAGAAGACCCAUAGCUUCCUCAUAUUCUUUGCUCUGAACAAGAGCAACUGAGGCUUUUUUUAAAAGCCAGACUUCUGCAAGGCAAGUAUUCCUCAAACUGGUUUGUACUGGGAGACCUAGGUAAGAGAAGCUUGUUUUUAAAAUAUAACACUUGCAGCAAGCUCUAAAAACCUGGCUGUGUAACUAGACUUCAUUGUGCAACACAUCUCUACUUUUUGAAUGUUUUGAUGGACAUAGAUGAUGCAGGAAUAAAAUGAUAUUUAAUAAUCUUUAUUGGGCAGUAAAUGGAGGUAUAGUUGGCCCUUUGGAUCGGCAGGUUUUGGACCUGCAAAUACAACCAUUUGCAGAUGGUCACUCCCCAUAUUAUUAAAUGGCAGUGACGCAGACACACUGAUGCGCACAUGUUCACAUAGCUGCCCUUUAAUAUCUUGGGUUGUGAUUAUUGACAUUUUUUCACAUCCGUUUUGGGGGACCCAGGACCAAACCCCCAUUAAGUCUGUAGGGCCAACUGCAUUUGCAAGUGUUAACCGGAUACAAAAAAAAAUCCCUAUGCUUUCUAAAGAGGGGGAUUGAUGUUUUAAGACUAAAACUAGAGGAGGCACAUUAGUGGAAGAAUGAUGUAAUAAUGUGAUAAUGGUAGAAAACUAAUGAGAACAUUUAAAAUAUGAAAUUGAUAGUUUGAACAAACUAUUAUUGAGCUAUAGAUCUAUUAUUACAAAGGCAGUUUAUAGUUGGAAUAAUGGUAUUAGAUCUAUUACAUAGAUGUAAAUGUUCAAAUAUGAAAGCAGAUGUAUUUGAUAUAUUUGUUUCUUCUGGGAAUGGGGAGAAUAUUGCUGUAUUCGUAACAAUGAACUUUUUGUUCACAGUUUGUAAACUAGGGAAGAUUUUAAGAUGUUUAUCAGCAAUAAACAUUUUUAAAUUAGUCGAUCUCAA